AUUGCUUGUACUCCGGCUGUUCCAAUGAGCGACGACGAGCUUGUGGCGGCUAGUGCGGCUUUUAGUGUAAUUUAUUGUUUAUUAAAUAAACAAAAAACAAAAAUGAGAAAGAAGAGACGGUGGUGGGUUACGUCGUUAUUUAAAAGUCGAAGCAAAUGCAGUGGAAGCAAUUUACUUAGCGACCUUAAUAUUGAAAACCUCCACUUUCAUACAUUCUGUAGAAUGUCGCCUACUAAUUUUGAGGAAAUCAUAAUUUUAAUCGGCCCAAAAAUUAUGAAGAAAAACACAACAUUUCGAAAAGCAAUUCCUGUAAAAGAACGAUUAGCUGUAACACUAAGAUAUUUAGCAUCGGGUGAUUCGUACACUAGCUUAAGCUUUUUGUUUAAGUUUUCCAAGCAGUCAAUUUCGCUGAUUGUGCCAGAGGUAUGCAGUGCUUUAUGUGAAGUUUUUUAAGAUUUUAUAAAGAUGCCUCAAACAGAGAAUGAGUGGCUUCAAGUAGCAGCUCAAUAUGAAAGACUAUGGAACUUCCCACAUUGCAUGGGGGCAAUGGAUGGCAAACACGUUGUUCUUCAGUGUCCAGUAAAUACAGGCAGUGACUAUUUUAAUUACAAAGUAACUUUUAGUAUUGUUCUUUUUGCUGUUGUUGAUGCCGAUUAUUGUUUUCUCUACGCUGACGUGGGCUGUCAAGGUCGAAUAUCAGACGGCGGUGUUUUUCGGAAUACAACCUUUUACAAAAAACUGGAGGAUGGCUCUUUAAAUCUUCCAAGUAGUAGAAAACUUCCUGGUAGGGAAAUGUUGGUCCCGUAUGUUUUUGUUGCGGAUGAUGCAUUUCCGUUGCAUAAUAAUAUAAUGAAACCAUACUUAGGACAGCAAGAAAAGGGAUCAAGCAAAAGGGUUUUUAAUUACAGGAUGAGUAGAGCCAGACGAAUAGUAGAGAAUGUUUUUGUUAGUUGGCAGUUGGCAGUUGGGCAGUUGGCAGUUAGCAGUUGCAGCAGCAGCAGUAGCAGUCAAAAACGGCAAACCACAACCUACCAACCAAAGCGAAAUACCAAUAACCAACCAGAAACGGCGGAAAACAGCAAUAACUCGCCCCCCAUUGUCAGCGGGGGGCCGAACCACCGACGUCAAAGACGCCAGAGCACGAUAAAUGAAAACCGAGAAGAACUAGAGCGGGCGCAAGAUCACAGGAAUCUGACUGCCCUCCUCAGGGAAAGGGAGAUGGAAUUCCACUCCUUCUUCCUGGAGGAGGACAGAAAGCUAAACUUGAUCCUGAGAGGUUUCGACAGAAACUUUAAACUGGAGGACAUAGAGAGUGAGUUGAAGCGGAUGGGGUUCGAGCCUGAAGAAAUGGGCUGGUUUAACACUGGCCCAGGUCGUAAAAGGCAGACGGACCUCAUCCGCUUCCUGAUCAAAAAAGAGCAGGAAGAUAUCUAUAAAGUUGACAGUAUAAUGAACAUCAGGGUCCAGGUGGAGCGCCUCAAAACGUUUCAAAUCAAUAAUAUAAGACAGGGACUACAAAAGAAAAUCAGAGCGCACGCCCAUCACGCCACAAAUUCUUAA